CUACCGUACACACACCUCUUCAACUUUAGUGCGCAAUGAGCGUGUGCGUGAAAGUUGGUUGGUGAGGCUAAUCUUCACUUUGGGGAGAAAAACUUGAGGUGCCGUCUUGAGCAGUUAAAACAUCGAAGCAGUUGUAGUUGUUUAACUAAACAUUGCUUAAUCUGCAAGUUAGAGAGUUUCUCUUUAUACCAUGGAUUUACGCCGUUUCAUCCCCGUUUUUCUUCUCCUCGUUGGAUCAACAAUUGCGUUCGGCCAGGCUCCCGCACCGGGUCUGGCGUGUGAACUUAUGAAUGCGUCGAACUGUGAGGGGUGCCUGGCCAAUGUGUCGUGUUUGUGGUGUCUCACAUCUGAAAAGUGUAUAACUUACCCUGUGAGUACCAUCCUCCCUCCGCAUGCAGUUUGCCCAUUGAACGAUGCUCGCUGGGGUCUCUGUUGGAUGAACUUCCAGAUAUUAAUUAUCACUUUGUCAGUGGUGGGUGCAGUCAUUAUCCUUGCUUUCAUCGUUUGUCUGCUCUGCUGUUGCAAGUGCCAAAACUGUGGAUCCAAAAGCUUUGAAGCAAAGAUGGACAGAAAAGCAGACAAGACAAAGACCAAACAAAAUCAAAGGAGAUCAGAGAUGAAGGAGAGACAUGAGGAAAUAAGAAAUAAAUACGGCCUGAAGGGAGCCAACCCAUACUCAAGAUUUGCUUGAGAUGCUGAACUUUGACUUCAUCCUCUGAGAGAUUGGACCCUCUGCUCUAAAUGUGUAGCAAUAAACUGUAGAGAAAAUAAAUGUCUUAACUAUUUUACAUUACUUUACGAGAAGUUGAACUACAGUUGUACACUCAUGAGGUUGGACUGCCUGGCCGAGCCAAAGGUUUUUAAUGUAAUGUAUAUAUUUUAUUUUGAUCAUUGCAACCCAGGUUCCACUUAGUUGGUUCAAAGUUGAACAUAACUUGUGAAGAAUGCGGCUGACCUAAUUCCAGCCUUAUCAUCAAUGAAACGACAACCACAAGCAAGAUAUGUCAUUGGUUUAGCGAUUGGCCAACAGUCUCUUGUGUUCUGCAUAGUCUUUUCUCAUUUUUCUCGGAAGACAUUGAUACGAGUCACCGAACCAUCCUCUUGGUGUGUUCUGUGGAUUCAAUCAUAGAGCAAAUUCUUUAAACUUGUUGUCUGCCUCACGACCACUAAACACAGUAUGUAAGGGUUUGAUAGUAAAGUUGUUCAUAAAGAUGGAUUUGCCUCCUUAUGGUUUUUAUAUAUGUAUAAUUGCACUCAGAAUGUAAAAUGUUUAUUAAUAGUGAAUGUCCAGAUGGUGUAAUUGAAGUUUGAUUUAAGUAAAGAUCUGUUUAUAGUAGGCCUUUUGCAUAGGCUUGAGACAAUUUAUCCACCAAUCAAACGUCAUAAACAAUCAUUUUAAUUCAUAUUUUAGCAUCCAUUUUGAGCAAAAUAUUAGUUUUUAUUGGUUAUCUGUAUCGCCUUCACUCGUCUGGUAACCGCAAAUAAAGUUUCAUUGAGGAUUGUU